AUGGGUGCCCAAUCUGAGCAAAGAGUGCGCUCCGCGGCGCUAUCGCGUGACACAAACGAAACAAAGAUUCAGCUGGCAAUAAAUAUAGAUGGAGGUGCAUUCCCCGAGGAAACAGAUAAACGGCUUACGAACGGGGCGGAUGGACAUGCAUCGCAGUCUAGCAAGUCGCAGACCAUUGCGAUUAAUUCUGGAAUUGGGUUCUUAGAUCAUAUGCUACAUGCGCUGGCUAAGCAUGCGGGGUGGAGUUUGGCACUGAACUGCCAGGGCGAUUUGCACAUUGACGAUCACCACACCGCUGAAGAUGUCUGCAUCGCGCUCGGAGGCGCCUUUAAAGAUGCCCUCGGUGCUCCCAUUGGUCUUGCUCGCUUUGGCUCAGCAUAUGCGCCUCUCGACGAAGCUUUGUCCCGCGCCGUUGUCGACCUCUCGAACCGGCCGUUCGGCGUCAUUGAGUUGGGACUAAAGAGAGAAAAGCUUGGGGAUUUGAGUUGCGAGAUGAUUCCCCAUUGCAUGCAGAGCUUCGCGCAGGCAGCGAGAGUUACAAUGCAUGUUGAUUGCCUCAGAGGGGAUAAUGAUCACCACAGAGCGGAGAGUGCGUUCAAAGCGCUAGCUAUUGCUAUAAGACUAGCCACAACUCGGGUUGCUGGACGAGAAGGCGAGGUGCCGAGCACGAAGGGGACAUUAAGUACGUGA